UUGCGCGACCAUCAGAAACCAGCUUAGAAAAAUCCCAGCUGAAGAGAGACGAAGGUCUGGUGCAUGUCACAUACUGAGCCGCAAAAUUACAAUUAAGAUUUCUCCGUGCGCAAUUUGGAAGACAGCUUUCGACUCACUGUCCAUGCUGAGAUUCUGCAGCGCAGCUUUUCGCUGAUCGAGAGACGAGCGCCACAAAAGUUUUGGUUUUUCAAAGUUUGGACUGGACUUGUUUGUUUUGGUGUGCGCAAUGAUGGCCACUUACCAAAACCCGGAGGAUGACGCAAUGGCCUUAAUGAUCCACGACACCAACACGACCAAGGAGAAAGAGCGGCCAAAAGAGGAGCCGGUGCAGGACAAAGUCUCGGAGAAGCCGGAUCCGUCCCAGAAACCACCGUACUCCUACGUCGCGCUCAUUGCCAUGGCUAUCCGGGAGAGCUCCGAGAAGCGCCUCACUCUGUCCGGCAUAUACCAGUAUAUAAUCAGCAAAUUUCCCUUCUAUGAAAAAAACAAGAAAGGUUGGCAGAACAGCAUCAGGCACAACCUGAGUCUUAACGAAUGUUUCAUAAAGGUGCCGCGGGAGGGUGGCGGGGAGAGAAAGGGGAAUUACUGGACCCUCGACCCAGCCUGUGAGGACAUGUUUGAGAAGGGUAACUACAGGAGACGCCGCAGGAUGAAGCGGCCUUUCAGACCCCCACCAACGCACUUCCAGCCGGGGAAGGCCUUGUUCGGAGGAGAUAGCUAUGGCUACCUUUCUCCACCCAAGUACCUGCAGUCUAGCUUUAUGAACAACUCCUGGUCGUUGGGCCAGCCGCCCACUCCGAUGUCCUACACAUCCUGUCAGAUGGCCAGCGGCAACGUGAGUCCAGUGAACGUCAAGGGGCUGUCAGCCCCCUCAUCUUAUAACCCUUACUCCCGGGUGCAGACCAUGGCGCUCCCCAGCAUGGUAAACUCUUACAACGGCAUGAGUCACCAUCACCAUCCCCAUCAUGCCCAGCAGCUGAGCCCUGCCACCGCGGCACCGCCUCCGGUCUCCUCCAGUAACGGAGCCGGCCUUCAGUUCGCGUGCUCCCGCCAGCCUGCGGAGCUCUCCAUGAUGCACUGCUCAUACUGGGAACACGAGACCAAACACUCGGCGUUACACACGAGGAUUGAUAUUUAAAAGUUUACCAAAUGGUCCGUGUAAAAAUGAAGACUCUGCGAGCGAGAGAGAGAUAAUUCCUGUGAUUUCAAAACAGAGCCAACAGUAUUUUGAAGAGACCAUUCUGACUCAGCUCUCUUCGGUUCCAAGCUGACAUCCAAUAUGCCGACGGGGAGAUAUAUAUAUGGUGAUGCUAAGAAAGUUUUAUGAAGUGGAAACAGGGGGUAAAGAAGUCAUCGGUUGCUUACACAUCAGGUAGCACAACCUCUGGGAGCCAUUUCGUGCGCCUGUAUUACACUCGGACUGAUGGCCAUAACUCGGUAUUGUAAUCAAAAUCGUGAAAUGAAAAAAUGUUCAUUUGCAAGGGAUAGCCAUUGCUGCCCCCAGCUGUAUUUUUGGUGUGCGUAACGACUUAUCUCAACUUUCUUUUCGGCUUAUUGCCGAAAGAAAUGCUGACGCCCUAAUGAAGUCAGAGUUUUAAUGUGUAAUUGAAUAAGAGCUAAUUUUUGGCUUUCUUAGUAUCAUGCGCCGAGAAAGGCCUGCACGGUGUUACUUCACCUCCUGCUAUAGUUGGGGACUUUGUUAGGCUUAAAAGGUGUAGGUAGAGAUCCAUCAAACUACCAAAAAAUGCAAUUCAGGGCUUUUCAUACUUGUUGAUUACAUGUAUGUUUGAUGUAAAUUCCAAAAUGAUGCCAGCCAGUGUCAGGUUUUGUUCAUCUUUCUAAAUAUCGUUUUUUAUAUAUAUAAAUGUGAUUAGUUAUGUUUCAUUAAUGUUGGGGCCAUGUUUCAUUUUAAUUAGCACUUUCCCCUCUUUUUUUUUUAGGUUUGUCAAUUUCUUAAUAAACUUGUAUUUCUUAAAAUAAC